GUAUGAACGGCAGGGGUUCCCGCUAAUACCACAAAUAACAAUUACAAGAAUCACAACAAUCUCUGAAGUUUAAAGCUAGGUAUAAUAAUUAAAACAAAGAUAAGUAUAUAACAAUUCUCAGUUUUUCAGUGUACAGAUGUAUUAAAUGCUGAAGUCGAAUGUCAAUGUGAUGAACAUUUUAUACUUGAUGAGAUUGACCAGUGUAUUUUGGAGUCGCCGAUUACCGACUCAGAAAUCCACAAGGCUAUAAAUCGUUUAAAGAAUGGCAAAUCCCCUGGUGUUGAUGACGUGGUCAUUGAAAUGUUAAAAUGUUGUGAAAAUUUAAUAACUCCUUUCCUACGAAAUUUGUUGAAUAAGUUAUUUGAUUCUGGAUUAUUCCCUCAGAACUGGACGAAAGCUAUUAUCCUUCCACUACAUAAGAAAGGUAACAAAAAUAAUCCAGAUAACUUUAGAGGGAUAUCUCUAUUGUGUACAAUUAGUAAGGUUUACACAAGUGUCUUAAACUCUAGACUUACAAACUGGGCUAAUAUAAGAAGUAAAUUACCCGAGACACAAGCAGGCUUUAGACAGGGAUAUUCUCCUGCUGACCACAUAUUCACGUUGAAUGCAAUUGUUAACAAAUGUUUAUCGAAAAGAAAAGGGAAAUUAUACGUUGCUUUUGUGGAUUUUAAAAAAGCGUUUGAUUCAGUAAAUCAUCUUAAACUAUGGGAGUGUCUGCACGAUGUUGGCUUGGGUGGAAAGAUGAUGAGAGCACUUAAGGGAAUCUAUGCCUCCGUGAAAGCGUGUGUGAGAUGUAAUGAUAACAUUUAUACAGAAUAUUUUGAUUGUCCUAACGGAGUUAAACAAGGCUGUAUAUUAAGCCCUAUUAUUAUUUUUUUUUCAUCAAUGAACUGUCAAAUGAUGUUUCAUCACAUGGGAAACACGGCGUACAAUUAUUUCCUGACUUGUUUGAAAUAUUAUUAUUAUUAUUUGCCGAUGAUGUUAUUCUUGUCUCUGACACAGUAACUGGUUUACAGAACCAACUUAAUAUUCUUGAUAACUUUGCAGAUUCACAUGGAUUAACGGUUAAUUUAGAUAAAACGAGUGUUGUUGUAUUUAGACGAGGAGGGCGGUUAUCUGUUCAUGAGAAAUGGUUCUUUAAAGGCAAACGUAUUUCAACCGCCAACUCCUAUAGAUAUCUUGGGUUUGUAUUCUCAUAUACAUCAAAGAUGAACUAAUGUGUUUCAGAUCUAGCAUCAAGGGGUAAACGAGCUUUAAUGGAAAUAUUUCGCAAUCUACGGAAGAUUGGUUUUGUUGACACUUCAGUUUUCUUUAAAAUAUUUGAUACUCAGAUUCAACCUAUUCUUUUAUAUGGUGCGGAAAUAUGGGGCGUAGACAGUUUUAAAAAAAUAGAACAAGUGCAUAUUAUGGCUUGUAAGAAGUUUCUUAACGUUGGUUUGCAAACCCCAAAUGCUAUUGUGUAUGGGGAAUGCGGUCGGUACCCACUACAUGUAAAUGCUAUGUGUCGUUCUGUAAAGUAUUGGCUAAAACUGAUUAAAAUGGACGAAGAUGGGAUACCAAGAAAAUCUUAUAAUAUGCUUGUAUAUUAUGACAAGUGCGGUCGUCAUAACUAUGCUUCUUCUAUUCGUUCCAUAUUAUUUUCUCACGGAUUCGGAGUAGUUUGGCUCAGUCAAGCUGUUGGCGACAAACCAUCAUUCAUGAAUAGUUUUAAAAACGUUUUGAUAAAUAUGUUCUACCAAUCAUGGAAUAGUACUAUCAAGGCUAGUUCUAGGUACAUUCUGUAUAAAAAAUUUAAAAGUCUCCUGGAACCAGAAAAAUACCUUUCCAUUAUUACUGAAAUAAAAUAUCGAAAUGUUUUGAUAAGGCUUAGAGCCGGGCUACUAAGACUUAAGGUAAACGAAGGUAGAUGGGCUGAUAUUGACUUACGUUUACGACUCUGCCCCAUAUGUGAAACAAGUAUAGAGAAUGAAUAUCAUUUUACUUUAGAAUGUGAAUAUUACAACGAUAUUAGACAUCUGUAUUUACCAACAACAUUUUGCCAUAAUCCAAAUAUGCAUAAAUUUAAAACGCUACUGUCAUCUUCGUGUAAACAAUUACUUGGAAAACUAUGUAAAUACCUGUAUUACAGCUAUGAAAGAAGACGUAAUUAUGAAAAGCCUGUAAACCGGUAAAAUUUGUACCUGACAUUACCUUUUUUCAUGUACCGCACUAUUUCAAAUGUAUGUAUUGUAUAUGGGCCAGUGGCCUUGGUACAAAUAAAGACUUCUUCUUCAGUUACUGGCAUGGGCAAGGCACUCAUACACAUCUAUUUAGGCUGCUUUAAGCAAUAUGGCAAAUGUGCAAUAUAGAUAAUAGUCACCUCAGAUUUCUUGACAUCAUAUUCCCAAUGAAUUCCAUUUCACAUUGUUCCAAACUUGUAUAUCACAGUUCACAGGAUAACUGGGUAACAACAGUUUCCUCCUUCGAAGCGUCGACAUGACCUUCUAACUUUGUCUCCGGACAUACCGCUGGGCUGAACUGCCCUCGUUCAGUUAAACCAUUAUUUCUCCCUCUCCAAUUCUUUUUCCUUCCCCCUUUCUGUUCGAUAACUUGCCCUCAUAUAGUAAACAAAUUUCCAAGAAAGCUAUCUACUUCAGCACACAACAAAAGGUUUAUCGGCCCACACCAAUCAGUUACCAAGCCAACUCAAACUCCAAUCACCCCACAAGCACGCUUCUCCCCGUCAGGCAGCUUGCUUAACUCAAUCAAGCAUGACGCCGUCCACCCGAACUAGACCCCUUGUGAACCACACAAAUAUACAACGUCACUCAUAACACAUUAUCAUGUCUGGCACAAAUAGCCAGCAGCCCAUUGCGUCGUCAUCGCUUCACUUUGGCGUGCCAGUAAACUGUAGUCGCUGGUUCGCACUCUGUAUAAACUAUACCUACCUUAUAAGCUAUACCUUCAUCAUAAACUAUACCUUCCUUUAAAAUUAUUCCUUCAUUAUGAACUAUACCUUCAUUAUAAACUUUACAUUCAUUAUUUAUAAGCUAUACCUUCAAUAUAAACUAUGCAGAAGUGGUAAAUAAACAUGGCGCUUCAUCAGCACGUUCACUCACUCACUCACUCACUCACUCACUCACUCACUCACUCACUCACUCACUCACUUGUAGCUCCAUUACUUUUCAAUCAGAUUUAAUAAAGAGAAAUACGUUUGAGAUUUUAAUAUUACGUUCAAUGCACUGAGGUAAUAGGCGUAAGGUCCAUUGUUUGUAUACGGAGGUCAACGAUGUCGUACAUUCAACAGACGU